AACGCGGCGCACCCACCACUUCCGGCGCUUUGUUUGGCUGGCCAGUUUGGGAAGAGGGCGACAAGAAGCAGACUGUUGACGUUUAAAUGGCUGCUCUGUUUCACUCCGACACACACCUCGGGUCGAGAAGAGUACUGUAGAGGGAACCACGGGACCAACCUCACCCCCGCUUCGCUGUACUAUGUUCAAAAAGAUGACUGAAUUCGGUCCAGAUUCCGGGGGGCGAGUCAAGGGAGUGACUAUCGUGAAGCCCAUCGUGUUCGGGAACGUUGCCCGCUACUUCGGCAAGAAGAGAGAGGAGGAUGGCCACACUCAUCAGUGGUCCGUGUAUGUGAAGCCUUACAGGAACGAGGACAUGUCAGCUUAUGUGAAGAAGAUCCAGUUCAAGCUGCACGAGAGCUACGGCAACCCACUGAGAGUGGUGACGAAGCCUCCGUACGAGAUCACAGAGACGGGCUGGGGCGAGUUCGAGAUCAUCAUCAAGAUCUUCUUCAUUGACCCCAAUGAGAGACCCGUGACUCUGUACCAUCUGUUGAAGCUGUUCCAGUCGGACUCCAGUGCCAUGCCCAAGAAGACAGUUGUCUCUGAAUUCUACGAUGAAAUGAUCUUCCAGGAUCCUACAGCCAUGAUGCAGCAGCUACUGACCACGUCAAGACAACUCACCCUCGGAGCGUACAAGCAUGAAACAGAAUUCAGUGAACAUGAGCAAAGGACCAAGGAGAAGAUGGAAACAGCAAAGAAGAGAACCAGCCAGGAGAUCGCAGAGCUGAAAGACAAACUAAAAGCCAGCAGAGAAAACAUCAACCAGCUAAAGGCAGAGAUCAGGAAACUGGAGGAGGACGGUGACCACAAGGAGCACUGAGAACUGGACAAACAGAACACACACAUGAACGUGAACGUUCGGAAGAAGAAGAAAAAUAAUUGUUUUGUGCUCUACGGUAAUUCUAAAAAUUCUGUCAUUUUUCUGAUUUGUUCUAAAGUUUUUAGAAAAAAUCUUCUGCAUUGAGAACAGGCUUAUCUGUGACAGUGAAUCACCCUCAAGUAUUCAUUCUGAAUGUUAUUUCGUUUUUUUUUUACUGAUCCUGUCAUUUUCUAUGUAAAGUAAAUAUGUUUGCAGUAAUGCUUGUGAAAGUUUCUUCUGUUGUGAUCAUUCAAGCUCAUGCCAGUAGUGACAUGGGAGGACAUGUGUGUUCACAUUGUAAUAUCAGUCAAAGCAAUCAAAAAAAAAAUCACUGAAUAGAUUCAUACAAAUAUUGGUAAUGGGUUUUUUAACACAUUUCAGAUGAGAUGUGAAGUAUCAGAUGUCCCAAAGUCAACAAAGGCCUCUGUCAGGAAGUUCGAACAACUUGCACUGUUUUUCUUCGUCUUUAAUUCUCUUUGUUUUACAUUCAUACAAACAAACAGGAAGAAUUCACUGUUGAACUUCUUCUCCCCCUGUCGCUCGCCUGAGCACCAACGCCUGUGUCAUAUCCCCACGGCACCGAGAGGGGGCGCAACGCGGAACUCGACCGGGUGGAAACGGAAUUAGAAGUGAACAAAGACAAAGUUCCCCCGAGCUGUUCACUCGUGUGACCCCGUGUCCUAUGGCCGUUCACUAACACUCCGCCGGCAGGUAUGGUCCAACGCGACGGGCCGGAAUGGAAACCUUGUUGUGCAGGUGUGCCCGUGUGUCCCCGUGGUGCAGCCGCGCGAGUGUGCUGCGGUGCAGCUUCUUCCGGGUGUCCGUCAGCAGGACGAGGGCCAGGAGGACUGAUGAGAAGAUGAUUAUCAGCAGGAUUCAUGUUUCAAAUAUGAUUUUUUUCACGGGGGGGCGGGGACUUAAAUAUCUGAGGGUGCCACACCAGAAGCAAUAACUGAAUAUCAGGAAUUGUUGUUUACUUUGGAGUUUUGGAUCUGAGUUUUGGUGAGUUGAAUUUUGUUCACUUUUCCUUUGAAGGCUGAGUCUGUUUUUUGUUACCUUAGUUAUUAAAUAUUACCUUCAUUUGGGUCCUGCUCCUUCAACCCCUUGGCACUUUGACCAAACUAUACUAUUUAACUAUUAUUUUUUUUUUAAAUUGUCUAUUGAUUUAGGUGAAUAUUACCAAAUGUGAAAUAUCAAUUAAAAGCAGAAUUGACCAUAAUUCUGCUGCAGCCCUUGUAUUUCUCCACCAUGCUUCCUGUGGCGAUGGGUUUGGAUGCUAGUUUAGGAUUCCUGUGGUCGGUGGGGCUCGGGGGACAAGAACACUGGCCUUGGAUCGGGACGAUGAGGGUUCAAGAACCACCUCCGGGAGACUCAGGGCCACAUCGGUGGCUGUAUUUACAGCUACAUCGAUGAAAUACAAUAAAACCAGCUGUAGCUUUGGAUGGAGUUCCACUAAAAUGAACUUUGACCAACAUGUCGUUUUACUGUUUUGUAUGGUGGAUAUUGUGAUUCAUUAAAAUAGCUGUCUCUUCA